AUGGCUGCCGAUCCGAAACCUCGAGAUGACGACAAAAAGGACAACGAGAAGCCUGCUUCGACGGCCGAGACCAACGAACAACCUCAAAGAACUCCUCAGGUCUCCGACUACCUCCGAGUCUUCAGCUACGCUACAAAAUGGGACUUUGUCAUCUACGCUGUAGCUUCCGUCGCUUCAAUCGGUGCUGGGAUAACCAUGCCUCUGAUGAACAUCAUCUUCGGCCAACUCGUCGACCAGUUCACAGAAUACUUCCAACCCGGCACUGAGAUCUCCACUGAUGGUUUCCGAGAGAUCCUGGACCAACAAGCUCUAUACAUUAUGGCUCUCUUCCUUGGCCGUUGGGCUCUCAACACCAUCAACAAGUAUUGCUUCCGGAUGAUUGGCAUUCGUCUCUCAUCUGCUAUCCGACUCCAUUACCUUCAAUCCCUCUUCGCUCAGUCCAUCCAUGUCAUUGACUCGAUGCCAGCUGGUGCACCUGCGACUGCCAUCACAUCUACCUCGAACACGCUUCAGGUUGGUAUCUCGGAACGCUUGGGUACCUUCUUGGAGUUUAAUGGUACUAUCUGGGCCGCGAUCAUUGUCGCUUUCGUGUGGAGUUGGGAUAUCACUUUAGUGACAGCAUCCUUGAUCCUGUACAUGGGAACUGUCUUGUCAAUCACCAUGCCUAUCCUCGUCAAGAGGCAGGCGACGAUUGGUGCAGCUGAUGCUCAAGGCACAGCUAUUGCGAGUGAGGCAUUGCAGGGCAUCCGUCUUGUCACAGCUUGUGGCGCCCAGUCUCGCGUCAUUAGCCGCUACCGGGAAUGGGUCGGCAAGGCCAUGAAAGAAGGCCAGAGGACAGCGCCCGUCACUGGCUUUCAUCUAAGUCUUGUUUUCUUCGGCGUCUUCGGCACCUUCGGGCUCUCAUUCUGGUACGGUACCAAGAGAUACAUCGACGGUGCAAUCGACAACCCCGGAGUCAUCAUCAUUGUCCUCAUGUCAGUGAUGCUCAUCCUCACCUCCUUGGAGCGCAUCGCGACACCGUUGAUGGCUGUCAGUAGGGCGAUGGUUGCUGCUUGCGAAUUCUUUACUGUCAUCGAUGCCACGUUACCUUCCUCCGGAUCCCUCAAACCAGACAUUACCUCAUGCGACAUCUUCUUCGACGGUGUUACCUUCGAAUAUCCAAGUCGGCCUGGCGUCAGGGUGUUAGAUGCACUGAGCUUCUGUAUCCGCUCUGGCCAGAACACAGCACUUGUUGGACCGUCAGGCUCUGGCAAGAGCACUAUUGUCGGAUUACUCGAGCGCUGGUACUCCUUGAAGGAGCAUCACAUCCUUCCCAAGGUCGUUCAAGCAACACCACAGCAGAAGACUGAUGAGACUGAAGAAACCCAGUCCGACGAGAAUGCACAAGCCGCCGACGCCCCUGUGUUAUCUGGUGCAGUCACGAUCGCUGGCCACAACAUCGAAGAUCUUGAUCUCAAGUGGUGGCGAUCCCAGAUUGGUCUUGUCCAGCAGGAGCCCUUCUUGUUUAAUGACACCAUCUUCAACAACGUCGCUCACGGUCUCAUUGGAUCGGAAUGGCAAGACGAAACUGAGGUAACGAAACGCGCCCUUGUGAUUGAGGCUUGCAGGGAAGCAUACGCGGAUGAGUUCAUCGAUCGGCUCCCCGAUGCGUACGACACUCGCGUCGGCGAUGGCGGUGCAAAGCUGUCUGGUGGUCAGAAGCAACGCCUAGCCAUCGCUAGGAGUAUCAUCAAGAAGCCUCGCAUUAUCAUUCUCGACGAAGCCACGAGCGCCAUCGAUGCUAAGAGUGAGAAGACCGUCCAGUCUGCUCUCGACAGAGUAACCCAGGGUCGCACAACCAUCACGAUUGCUCAUCGCCUGUCCACGAUCAAGAAGGCAGACAAUAUCAUUGUUCUCCAGAAUGGAAGGGCUGUCGAGCAGGGCGUGCACGCAGACCUCAUCGCCAAGUCUGGAGUAUACUCGGCUUUGGUCAAGGCUCAGUCUCUUCAGGUUGCUGAUCAGGCAGAGGGUAGCACCUUCAUGCCUGAUGCCGAGGAUACUGCACAGACCUCUGACCGUGAGAUGACCAAGGUGGCCACUUCUGUGUCCGGUCUGGAAGAAACAGAGCAAUCCGAGAAGCCUCGGGGUCUCUUCCGAAGUUUCGGUCGACUACUCUACGAACAACGGGCCAAAUGGCCAAGCUAUUUGGGCAUCCUCAUGUCUUCCAUGGCUGCCGCAGCUGCAACGCCUAUCCAAGCCUGGCUUUUUGCAAAGGCUAUCGGCGUGUUCCUUUUCCAAGGCGACGAGUUGAAGAGCGAGAGCGAGUUCUGGGGCCUCAUGUGGCUCGCUCUUGCCGGCGGCGUUGCGCUUUCGUAUUUUUGCGAAGGUUGGAUAGGUCUGCACACUCAGUAUUACAUUAGUGCUGUUUACAAGUCGCAGUACCUGGGCGACAUGCUGUAUCAGAAGAUGCUCUUCUUUGAUCAGGAGGAGAAUUCUCAUGGCACACUGAGUUCUCGUGUCUCUGGAGACGCGAAGUCAUUGGAGGAGCUCCUCGGUGUCAAUCUCGCACUCAUGAUCUCAGCCAUGUUCAACGUCAUCGGUUGUGCGACCAUAUCCCUCGUCUUUGGAUGGAAGCUCGGAUUGAUUUGUAUGUCUGUUGCCUUGCCGGUCAUGUUGACGGCAGGAUGCUGGAAGUUUAAACACGAAGUCCAUUUCGACAAGAUGAACUCGGCUGUAUUUAUGGAGAGCUCGCAGUUUGCGACUGAAGCUAUUCAGGCGAUCCGAACGGUUUCGUCCCUUACAAUGGAGGAUUCAAUUAAUAGCCGAUAUCGCGAGCUUCUGAAUGGCCACGUCAAGGCUGCGAAUCGCAAGGCUCAAUGGACUUCGGCUGUCUUCGGGUUCGCAGACAGUGUUGGUCUCGGUGUUCAAGCGCUACUCUUCUGGUAUGGCGGUACCCUGUUGGUUAGUGGUGAGUAUUCGAUGGAAGCAUUCUUCGUUUGUUUCAUGGCUGUCAUCCAGGGCUCCGAGGCUGGUAGUAUGGGACUUGCCAUGGCACCUAGCGCUGUGCAAGUGACCGCUUCUGCGAACCGAAUCCUGGAUGUGCAAAGGUCUGUUGAUCCGGAUCAUCUAGAAGUUGUUAAAGACGACGUCGUUGCCGAUUCUGAUGGAGGGGUCAAGGUAGAGUUGAGAGACGUCUCGUUCAAAUAUCCUACCAGAGACGUCCCUGUCUUUGACCACUUGAACCUUACAAUCGAGAAGGGUCAAUAUGCUGCCUUCGUCGGGGCAUCCGGAUGUGGCAAGACUACUAUAAUAUCACUCCUUGAGCGUUUCUACGACGUUCAGCGCGGCGAUGGAAUUAUCCUGUGCAAUGAUCAAGACAUCAAGGACACUAAUGUUUUCAAGUACCGCAAGAACCUCUCGCUCGUGUCCCAAGAGUCCGCCAUAUUUCAAGGCUCCAUCCGAGACAACAUCCUCUUCGGAAUUUCUGAUCCCGGUUCCGUUACCGAUGAAAGGAUACAUCAGGUUUGCCGUGAUGCAUUUAUCCACGACUUUAUUGUUUCUCUGCCGGAAGGUUACAACACCAUCGUCAAAGGUGUAUCGAUGUCGGGAGGUCAGAAGCAACGAAUCGCCAUCGCUCGCGCGCUGAUUCGUGAUCCGAAACUGUUGCUUUUGGAUGAGGCGACGUCAGCUCUUGAUUCAGAAUCCGAAAAGACUGUUGCUGCAGCGAUUGAUCAAGCUCGAAGUGGAAGGACGGUCAUCUCAGUCGCCCAUCGGCUGUCGACCAUCCAGAAUGCUGAUGUCAUCUUUGUCUUUGACGAGGGCAAGGUGAUCGAGAAGGGAACGCAUACCGACCUUAUCAAGAACCACGGCAUUUACUGGGAGAUGUGCCAGAGCCAGGCUUUGGAUCAAUGA